CAUUUUAGCAUUGAAACAUCACAUUAUGAAAGCUGCUUUAUUUUUUUUUCUUGGUGAUUUUACUUGCUUUUCAAUAAUUUGUUAUUUGUUAUUGAUUUUUCUACCCCAUACUCUUAUUCUAUACUUGUUUUUUCUAAAAAUUUAUGUGCUGUCCAGUGCCUACCCGAAUACCCCUUUAGAUCCGCUCCUAACAGAAAUGAAUCAUUAAAUCGUGUGUAACCUAGUGGAUAUUCUUUUAUGUUCUUUCAGUAUUCUUUUCAUAUGUAACCUAGUGGAUAUGAUCUAAAGAAUCUAGAUCCAUUGUUCUUAUUGAUGAUCUUUUCUACAGAUGGGAACAAUGCAAGAACAUUUUGUAGUGAUUCAAAACAUGAAAAUUCAUUUUAGUUCUACCUUUUUGCUGUGGUGUUAGCCUCCAAUUAUCUUGAAAGAAUCAUGAUCCACAUACCACAAGUUAUAUGAUUCAUAUAAUGGAGAAUUGUUGCGCUGCUGUUGAGCUUGCUUCUUGGGGGCUUGGCUUGGGUCAUUUCAUAUAUAAUAAAAGAGUUCAUUGGGAUCAUGUAUUAGGUUCAUGGAAUUCUAAGGUGGUCGGGUGAUUCCUUUUGACAACUCUUCUUUGGCACUCUUAGCUUCUUUACAGUGACAUUUUUGUGAUGAAACACGACUGUCAAAAAUUGGGUGUUUUAUUUUAGGGUUGCUUUCCUUGUUGUUUACCCAAUCUUGCAAUUCUUUUUUAUAUAAUUAAAUAUCUAUUGCAUAGUUUUGGGAUAUUUCUACCCCACUUUGUGAUUAAUAUGAUCUGAACUGUCAUUGACAAAAAAUAAGAGUUUGCAUAUAGAGUAGUAAGUUUUUUGUUUUUUGUAGUGGAGUAGUGGAUGAUGUUUUCCAAUAUCAAGGGAAUAACAAUUUGGUUACUGGCUUAGUUGUAAAUGGCACAAAGUUAAAAGGGGACUACAUGUCUUUUUGUAGAGCUAUAUGUAUGGGCCUCAAGAACCUCAAGGGCUGGGGGCAACAUAAGCACCUUCGCUGUAUGGCUUGGCUCAAAUUAGUCCAGUCAGUUCUGUCAAGUACAAGUGUUUACUGGUCUCAUGUGUUUACUUUGCCUAGAUCAAUCCAGUCAGUUCUGUCAGGUGGCUCAACAUCUCAACCUGAAGAAGUAAAGCGACUUCCUGGUGGGAAAGUUAAGAAGAAAGAUAAGAAAGAAGUUAUUAUUGAGAAGAUGGUACGAAAUAAGCGAAAAUGUAUCACCACUGUUAAAGGACUAGAGCUUUUUGGUGUUAAACUUAGUGAUGCUUCAAAGAAGCUAGGCAAAAAGUUUGCAACUGGUGCUUCUGUUGUUAAGGGACCUACGGAAAAGGAGCAGAUUGAUGUUCAAGGGGAUAUCGCCUAUGAUAUUGUGGAGUUUAUUACAGACACUUGGCCUGAUGUCCCAGAAACUGCAAUUUUCUUUAUCGAGGAAGGGAAGAAGGUUCCAGCAGCUUGAUGCUGAAAGUCAGAUAAAAGAACCAGAAAAGUUUAAAACUUCAAUACUGGCCCUUAUAUAUUGCAAAACAGAAAUUUGGUUAUGUUUUUCUGGGGAAAACUACCCGCACAGGAGGUUUGCUUUUUAAUUAUUUUCCGGGCGGUUUUUCCCCCCUUAUUUGUGGUUCGAAGUUUUCGUCUUUUUCUAUUUUCAGUUUGUCUGAUGAGAAUUAACCUGUGUAUGAAGAUGUAUGCUAAUAGCCUGAAUAGUUAAGUUUUUCAUAAUGAGAUACACCGAGCCUCAGGAACGUUAUCGUCA